AUGUCAAUUGUGGAAAAAGAAGCACAACACGAAUCUAUUACCUCGAAUCAAAGCAUAAAUGCAGUUAUUAAUGAUCACGUUGAAAUACAACUGAAAAGUGUUAUUCCCAAAGUGGACACAACCAAAGUUAUUCCAUCUAUUACACCAAAAGAAAACAAAAAUGAAGUUUCAAUUAAACCUAAAGUCACUAUUUUUUCAACACUAACAUUAUUGAGAGCCAUUUCUUCAAUUGCUGUUGUUGAUUAUCACUAUUAUGAUUUGAGUUUUAUCAAAUUUAAACCAUAUUUCCCCUUUGGAUUUCUGGCAGUUGAUUUCUUUUUUAUGCUUUCUGGAUUUUUGGUUUCUUCAUCCAAUUUUCGGUCUAACGAUUAUUUCCUAAUUGAAAUAACUGAACAAAUUAUAAUGUACCCAUUUCAUAUGAUUUGGACUUUCAUUGUGUUUCUUUACAACAAAUUGAAAUUGUAUACACCACAGAGUAACAACAUUUUAAUACAAAACAAAUACAAAUCCAACAAGCAAUUAACACCAAAAGGCAACACAAAUAUUGCUAAUAUCUUUAAUCCAAUAACUUUUAUGUUACAUCGAUUUAUUCGACUCUUCCCAAUGCAACUUUUUGGAACCUGUUUGUUAAGUGCGACAUUUCUAACUGCAAAUCACAACAUCAGUGACCAAGACUUCAAGCACUUGUUUCUCUUGGGUACAUUCUCUUAUCCAAAUAAAGAAAAUCAGUUAUUCUUCCCAAUAAACCCACUGCAAUGGACGAUGAUAUACGAAUAUGCAAGUAGCUUAUUGUACGCACUUCUUUUCAGACAUUUGAACUUUUUUGUAUUGUUGUUUCUAAAUUACAAAGCUGGUCAUAUUUUAUAUGAUUUCUCCAUAGGAAUUCAUCACUAUGGAUACUGUAAAAGAUUGCGUCAAAAACCAACUGGAAUUGGGUAUGGGUCGUAUCACGAUGAGUGUAGUACAUAUGUUGGCACGUUAAGAAUGUUAUAUGGAUUCUUGACUGGGAUGGUCAUCGAAAUUGCACUUAGAAAGAUCUCUCAAUUGUAUUAUAAAUAUUACAACAAAAAAUUGGAAAUGCCUUUUGGGUCGUUCAUUUCCAUUUUAAUUAUCAUUGCGGUGUAUGGCGGAUGGAAUUAUUUUGGAUAUUCAUCACCAGAAUUUCAAACAAUUUCGUUGUUCGUUUUAUUGCCAAUUUGUUUGAUUUGUGGAGCAUUAUGUGACUUAAAACUGGAUUGGGUUAAAAAAGUUGCUCAGUUACUUGGAGAUAAUUCAUAUCCACUCUUUUUGACACAUUGGAAUUUUUGUUUAUUAUUUAAAGAAUGGACAAAUAAAAACAAAAUGGCUGACAAAUGGGUGUUUAAUUACCAUUUGAGAUUGAAAUUUAUAGAGACUAUGUUAUUUUCUAUUGGAGUGUUAAAAUGUUAUGAUGUACACUUUAGAAAAUUACUUAAUUACAUAUUCUUCGGAUGGAAAAUACCAAAAAAUAAAAUAUGCAAAAUUGUGGUGUCCAAAAUUAAAAUAUUUAAAAGUUUCAAAAUACACAAUAAUUAA